CAAAAACAACAGGCUCACCUCAGCUUCACUUUCCUUCGUCUCAGCGCCGCCACCGACCGCCCGAGUCCGUACCAUGUUAAAUUAGCCACAGCUUGCGUUCGCGGUCGGUGCUUCGUUUCUUUUGGCGUGUGUCGCGGCGGGAGUCCGUGCUUAUCGGGGCUGUUGACGCGCCGCUAGCUGCUAGCUACGCGGAGCUAACGAUCCGGUGGAGGAGGAAGAUGGGGUCCAUCCUGAGCCGGAGAAUCGCUGGCGUGGAGGACAUCGAUAUCCAGGCCAACUCUGCAUAUCGAUUUCCCCCCAAAUCCGGGAAUUAUUUUGCCAGCCACUUCUUCAUGGGAGGGGAGAAAUUUGACACGCCACAUCCUGAGGGAUACCUUUUUGGGGAAAACAUGGACCUGAAUUUUCUUGGAAAUAGGCCAGUGCAGUUUCCAUAUGUGACGCCUGCUCCCCACGAGCCGGUGAAAACCUUGAGGAGCCUGGUCAACAUUAGAAAGGACUCCCUCCGUUUGGUCAGAUAUAAAGAUGACUCUGACACGCCAGUGGAGGAGGGAGGAAAGCCAAAGGUUCAGUACGGCGUGGAGUUUACCUUUGAUGCCGAUGCUCGGGUUGCGAUCACCCUCUACUGCCAGGCUUUUGAAGAGUUCUCUAAUGGGAUGGCUGUGUACAGCCCCAAAGAUCCAUCCAUGGUCUCUGAAACUGUGCAUUACAAGCGAGGUGUGAGCCAACAGUUCUCUAUGCCGUCUUUCAAAAUAGACUUCAGCGAGUGGAAAGAGGAAGACCUGAACUUUGACCUCGACCGAGGAGUGUUUCCAAUGGUGAUCCAAGCUGUGGUUGACGAAGGAGACGAUUGCCUUGGACACGCUCAUGUGCUCUUAGCAGCCUUCGAGAGGCACGUUGAUGGAAGUUUCUCCGUCAAGCCUCUGAAGCAGAAACAAAUUGUGGACCGUGUGAGCUACCUCCUACAGGAGAUCUAUGGGAUUGAGAACAAAAACAACCAAGAGACCAAGCCCUCCGAUGAUGAAAACAGUGACAACAGCAACGAGUGUGUCGUGUGCCUGUCCGACCUGCGCGACACACUCAUCCUGCCCUGCAGACAUUUGUGUCUGUGCAACUCGUGCGCCGACACUCUGCGUUACCAGGCGAACAACUGUCCCAUCUGCAGGCUGCCCUUCAGGGCCUUGCUGCAGAUCAGAGCUGUGAGGAAAAAGCCUGGAGCUCUUUCGCCCGUCUCCUUCAGUCCCGUCCUGGCUCAGACCAUGGACCAUGAUGAGCACUCAAGCACCGACUCGGUCCCUCCAGGAUUUGAGCCCAUCUCACUGCUGGAGGCUCUGAACGGCCUCAGGUCUGUGUCCCCGGCGAUCCCAUCAGCCCCGCUCUACGACGAAAUCAACUUUUCAGGGGGUCUCGCCGGCGACAACAGACAGCUGAGCUCUCCGGAGCAUUUGAGCGACGGGAGUCUUCAGAAAGGCAAAGUCAGCAAGUCUCCCGACAGCACCCUCAGAUCUCCGUCCUCGCCCAUCCAGGAGGAGGAUGAAGAGAAGCUGUCGGAGAUGUCGGACGCUCAGCCGCACACGCUGCUGUCCAGCAGCCCCGCCCCCACAGACGCCACAGCGACUGAGGACGUGGCAGAAUCUCUGUCUCCUGAUGAUGAGGACAGGCUGCAUGCUGGAGGGGACAUCCUGCAGGACUGCAGCAGCGAACACAGCAGCUUGACCAAAACGGAGAGCGACCCGCCGGGCGAUCUCUCUCUUCCAGCUCUCGGUCCCGAUUCCUGCUCUAUUGGUAUGGACGAAUAACUCUGGCUCAUCCGAGUCCACAGAAAGCCUGAAGAGUCAGAGCACAAACUGCUCCAGCCAGCCUCUCCUGUCUCCCACGAGUAGCCUUCACAUGGAAGACGAGCACCUCAACCCCUGACUCUGAUCCACCUGCACCCCCGCCCCCCACCUUCACCCCCUCCAGAAACCAAGACAGAGGACUCUGCUUCUUUCAUUGACUCUUCUAUCGACAUUACAGAUGAAAUUUGACUCCUACAAAGGUUUUUUCUUUUUUGCUAUCGUAUUCAAAGACUGAGUAAUAAGAAAAAGAUAUUUGCUUCCCCAGCUUUGAAAAGGGUUUUUUUUUUUUUUUUUUUAAAUUAACUCUGGUCUUGUGUUCAGUUCGGUCUCUUUGGCAGAGUUCUGGUCUCAUCAUGUCAAUUCUGGAGAAAUCUCACUACCUGUGAUGGUGGUGCCUCGAAGCACACUUACUUUAACAAAUUCCCAACACUAAAUAACAGAAGUAUUCAUAAAUCCAGUUCUUUUCUUAUUCUCCAGUAGGAUAACUUUGAGAGAAAUUUUCAAAAGCGCAGUCAUUCUGUACCUGUGUCAUUUUUAAGGUGAUUUUUUGUUUGUUUGUUUGCUCCUUCUAAUCCAUUCCUGAUAACAAAUGUAUAUGAAAACAGUUCGUUUAAUUUUUCAGCAGUCAGAUCAUGUGAUAUCUAUGUAUGUUAACUGCUAGAAUCCUGAAAUUCUACACUUGCAUAUUAUAUGAUAGUACAAAAGUCCUGAUAAUGAGCUAGACUGGGGUAAAAUUCACAUUAUAUAAAGCCGAUCAGCGAUAAGAGCAGCAUCUAAACCGUUAGUCAAAGCCUGCAGCGAGCGUCGCCGGCCCAUCCACGCGUAUGCCGACUUUCCUGGCAGAGUGCGCAGCGUGCUUGUGGUGUAUGUGGCAGAUCUGCGUUCAGUCUUCUUGUGGCAAUGCCAGUGUCUGCUUAUGUGACGUAGCUGCAAAAACAAAGGGGUGGUGGUGGUGUUGGCCGUGUGGCUGCGAUGCCUUUACUCACAUUGCCCCUGUGUGUGUAGCACCAUGCAUAUAGAUCUUUGUGCCUUGAAUUAAUAUGGCUGCCUGCUUGUUGCAUCGGACAUUAGUGUUCUUACAAAUGCUACAACAUCUAUAUAAUAUCAAGUUUCAGCCCUCGCAGACAGAAUUUUUGAUGCUAAUGUACAGAGCCUCUUUUUCUAUCGCAAAAAAAAAAAAAGAAAUCUUCAUGUUAUUGAAAGAAAUGUAUCUUAUUAUUGUUAUUGAGCAAUAUUCUAUUGAA